AUGGUACUGAUCAUGCGAUCGACAGACAACCAUCUGAUUGACGGCGUGAUAAGUCUCGACCCCUCGACUCUGAGCCACGCGUCAGACGAUCAACUGUAUCUUUUGACGUUUGUUUUUACAUCCGGUUCAUCGCGGUUGAGGGCGUUGUCAGCGCAUGAGUCGCAAGAACUGUUGCAUGCUUCCAAGUCUAACGGCGCCCCCUUGCCGAACGCUGCUUUUGAGCUGAUCGUCGAUGAGAAACAUCUGCGGCCACUGAAUGGCGAGCCAUCAGCGAAGACGAACUCGUUGUUUGGCAAAGGCACUUACCUCUCGACCGAGCUGAACGUGAGCCUGUUGUGGAGCCCGUUCAGCGCCGCUUCUUCUCUCGUCGACGUACCGUGGUCGACGCUGAGCUGCGUGGCGUUGUGCAGGGUAAUCGCCGAUGACCACGGCGUCAAGGUGGGCUGCAACACGGAUGCGUGCUGUUCGGCCAGCGACGAGGUGAUUCGCAGGCGCCACAUCCCACAGACAUACAUCAUCGUGCAGAACAACGACCUGGUGCGCGUUACGCAUUUGCUUGUGUACUGGACGACGAAAUCGUCGCCUAAGCCGGAAUAUAUUUUCUCGCAACGGGUCGUUCACUGGUUGCGCAACAACGUCUUUUGGAUCUUGAUUUUUCUCUACGUCGUCGUGCUGCUUCUCGUAGCAUUGAUGGAAAAGUUGCGCGUGAGAAGGUACGUUGACCGCAUCUCGAACGCCUUCUUCGAGACGCACGACAACUUGGCGACUUUCGACUAG